AUUAUCAUAGCUCAUAGCAACCUCAAACUCCUGGGGUAAAGUGAUCCUGUGGCUCAACUUCCUGAGUAGCUGAGGAGACUACAGGCGCCUGCUAUGCCAGGCUAAUUUAUUUAUUUUUAGUAGAGGUAGAGGUCUUGCUUUUGCUCAGGCUUGUCUCAAACUCCUGAGUUGAAGCAGUCCACCCAUCUGGGUCUCCCAGAGUGCUGGGUUUAGGGUUAGUAAGAAUCUAACCCUAAUCUAACACUGCACCCAGUUCUAAUACAUUUCUUGAGCACUUACUAUAUGCCAGGGGCUGUUCUAAGCACUUUGCAAUUUUUUUUUUUUUUUUUGAGACAGUGUCACUAUGUAACCCUCAGUAGAGUGCAAUGGCAUCACAGCUCACAGCAACCUCUAACUCUUGGCUUAAGUGAUUCUCUUGCCACAGCCUCUCAAGUAGCUGGGACUACAGGCUCCUGCCACAACACCCAGCUAAUUUUGGUUGCAGUUGUUUAGCAGGCCCAGGUUGGGUUGGAACCUGCCUGCCUUGGUGUAUGUGGCCAGUGCUCUAGCCACUGAGCUACAAGCACUGAGCCAGCACUUUGCAAUUUAACUUCACAAUCGCAUUAUGUAGUUUCUAUUACUGUCCCCAUUUCUCAGCUAUAAAAUCGAGACAUAAACAGGCAAUUUGCCAGUGACAGAUCCAAUAAUCUGGAUUCUGAGUCUAUGUUCAGUCACAAUUAACAGAGCAUCACUGAUGAAGAUUCAGAGGGAGCAUGUUUGAAGGCUCUAACUUUUGCUGUAAGUUCCUGGUGAUUUUAUGACAUCAAGUGGGUUUUUGUUUUAGACAAAGUCUCACUGUGUCACCCUCAGUAGAGUGGCGUGGCGUCACAGCUCACAACCACCACCAACUCUUGGGCUUAAACGAUUCUCUUGUCUCAGCCUCCCAAGUAGCUGGGACUACAGGAGCUCUCUGCAACACCCGGCUAUUUUUUUGUUGCAGUUGUUUAGCUGGCUCUGGCCGGUUUCGAACCCACCACCUUUGGUGUAUGUGGCUGGCGCCAUAACCACUGUGCUACAGGCUCCAAGCUUAUCAAGUGGGUUUUGAUCACAUUUUAUUUGGCCCUUGGUGAGGUCUCCCAUCAGUUUUUCAGGUGAGACAGCCAGGAGAAAACCACCUUUGGAGUCCACCUAGAUACAAAUCCCUGGUUUAUCACAUAAUUGAUGGAUCUGACCAAGUCUGACUCUCAUUUCUGUAACAGGAGUAACUACCCACUUCAUUGGGAAGUCCUGAGGAUUAAAUAUUAAGUCAUAUGAAUCUGCUGUUUCUAGAGGUCAAAAACAGUCUUAACAGAUCAUCCAUGGAGUUGGGGGGUUGGGGGAAGGAAGGGAAUCUAUCCAAAUAGUAAGGAUUCCUUUGUGCUUCUGAUUUUUCAAAAACCUUAGCUUGAGGGCUGGGCGUGGUUGCUCACACCUAUAAUGGCAUUCUGGGAGGCCGAGGCAGGUGGAUUGCCUGAGCAAGAGAGAGACCUGGUCCCUGAAAAAUAGCUGGGGGUUGUGGAAGGCGCCUAUAGUUCCACCUACUUGGGAAGCUGAUGCAAGAGGAUCUCUUGUGCCCAAGAGUUUGAGGUUAUUGCGAGCUGUGACACCAUAGCACUCUACCGAGUGACAAAAUGAAGAUUCGGCUUUUAAAAAAAAAACUCAACCCGGUCAGGCCCAGUGGCUCACUCCUGUAAUCCCAACACCUGGGAGGCUAGGGCUGGUGGAUUACCUGAGCUCACAGGUUCCAGACCAGACUGAGCCUGAGCAAGACCUCAUCUCUAAAAAUAGCCAGGCGUUGUGGUGGGUGCCUGUAGUCCCAGAUACUAAGAAGGCUGAGGCAAGAGAAUCACUUGCGCCCAAGGGUUUGAGGUUGCUGUGAGCUACAUGCCACAGCCUUCUACCGAAGGCGACAUAGUGAGACUGUCUUAAAAACGCCCCACAAAACCUUGACCCUACUACCAAGGCAAAUUACUGCACAACAGUGUGCGUGGCCCUGAGGGCUCAGAGGUUGCACACUAUUGACCUACCCUGUAGUGGCCAAUAAAUUAGCCUAGGGACAGCCUCAUGAGAUUUAGCAGUUCCUACAAAAAUCUAGAGAUUUUUUUCCAGUCAGCCACAAGCACAUCCCUUGGGAGCCAGAGAGUCAAGAGCUUUGACAUACACCCUACCACACACAGACUCCGAGUGCACUUUUACCCUCUUUUCUAGCGCCUGUUUGCCUUUAUCACUGCAGGACGGGUAAUGACAGUGGUCCUUUUUAAAAUAAGUUAACCGAGGCCUUCAGAGGGUUAGGCCUGGCAUUCUUAGGUUCUGAGUGAUGUUAAGAAAAAGAUGGGGUUUGUUGUGCCUCUAAUUGUGUCCCCUCAGCAAAGUCCUUGAAUUUCUUAGGCCUAUUUCCUUUUCUGGAGAAGGGUCCUGAUAUUUUUCCUCCUCAUUCGACUAUUUUCUGUGCAAGCCAUGCCCUCCCGAGUCAGCUCUGCCGUGACCAGGGCAUGAACGGCAGGCUGACGCACACCUACUGCCCCCAAUAUCAAUACAUUUUCACUAGAGAUAGAACUGAGGCUAAACAUUGCCAAGUUCAGCCCGACCAGAUUCCGAACUGAACCCAAAUGUUGGGACUCGCACCGCGCAGCCCCAAAGCAGGGCGAGGCCGGAACGGUCCUGAUGGUACAGCCCGGCGCUUGCGCGCCGCCAUCUUGCUAAAGGAGAGCCGGUCCCCGCCCGGACGACGUUUUCUUAGACACUGGGCGGGGCUGCGCCACCGGCGGGGCGUGGCCAGGGCAUGGCGACAGCGGACCCCACCGGGCGCGCGGUCCCGACUGAGGUCCCAGGACUUCGGUCCGGCGGGGCCACCGGCCGAGCUGACGGAGCUGCAGGACCACUCUCUGUGCAGAGCAGUACCAGAGCCCUCCGGCCGGGGGAGCGCACUCCCGCCGCCAUGGAGAAGAGGGGGCCCUACUUGGUGACGCGCGCACCCUCUAUUCAAGCCAAGCUCCAGAAGCACCGGGACCUGGCCAAGGCCGUUCUGCGGAGAAAAGGCAUGCUGGGGGCCUCGCCGAACCGCCCCGACUCUUCAGGGAAAAGGGCAGUAAAAUUUAACAAGGGCUAUACUGCUCUUAGCCAGACUCCAGAUGAAAACCUGGUGUCCCUCGACUCUGACAGUGAUGGGGAACUGGAAUCCAGAUACUCCUCCGGGUAUUCCUCUGCAGAGCAGGUGAACCAGGACAUGAGCCGGCAGCUGCUCCAAGAUGGGUAUCACCUGGAUGAGAUUCCAGAUGACGAGGACUUAGACCUCAUUCCCCCUAAGCCCAUCGCCUCUUCAGCCUGCUCUUGCUGCUGGUGCUGUCUUGGGGACUCUUCCUCCUGUACCCUCCAGUAGAUAUAACCCUCCAAGAUGGGCCCUGCUCACCCUGGUGGCCCUUCACAGCUCACAGAAUGUUUGGGAACUGCUGCGAGCCCAGAGUCCCUGGAAGUACUGGCCCUCUGGGAAGUCGAUGGCAUAUGGCUAGCCCUUAUCUGGUGCUUCUCAGGCCAGAGGUCCCCAUCUGGGCUGUGGAGCAGAGAUGGAAUUCUGCAGUUUUCUCUGCUGUUGUAGCAGAGUUCAGAAAAGCCACUUUAAUGAGAGCAGGAACAAUGGAAUUUUGGCUUUUUUGGUGGGUGACAAGAGUGGCUAAGGGAAACACUUGGAGCCUUAUUGACUGGUAUUUGUCAUGGCGCUUUAUGAGGGGAAAAAGGAUAACUUUUGUGCUUAGUAUGUGCUGGAUAGUGCUGUGUGGAGGCAGAAAAUAGUACUUUAUGGCUUAUAACUGGGAAUCUGAAAAAGAAUGUAGCUGUUUUAGACCAGUUCAGGAAAUUCCAUAUGUUGACCUCUUCUUCCCAGCUCUGAGUUACAGGUUUGACCUUUAAGUGUAAAGUGGGUCCCCUUGUCCGUCUUUUUUUUUUUUUUUUUUUUUUCUUUUUCUUUUCUGAGUUAGAGACUCAAGCUGUCGCCCUGGGUAGAGUGCUGUGGCAUCACAGCUCACAGCAACCUCCAACUCCUGGGCUCAAGCAAUUCUCCUGCCUCCACCUCACAAGUAGCUGGGACCACAGGUGCCCGCCACAACUCCCAACUUUUUUUUGGUUGCAGCCAUCAUUGUUUUUUGACAGGCCUGGGCUGGAUUCGAACCCGCCAGCUCAGUUGUAUGUGGCUGGUGCCUUAGCCCCUUGAGCCACAGACGCUGAGCCCCUGUGUCCUUUAGAUUGCACCUGGCAGGAUUAUAUAUACCAGGUUGCUUAAUUACUCAACAGGAUCAUGGCUUCCAGAAUCCCUGGACCUGGAUGGGUUAGUGAUUCUGGUCAGCCCUUCCCUAGUUAGAGAAACACUGUCCCAACAUGAACAUAUUUAUUUAUUUGUAUUUUUUUGGUCUUGACUAGUCUCAGAGUUUUCUAGCUAAAGUUGGUUUAAAGGUCCUGGACCUGGCCCCAGCAGCCUGCAGUUCUUCUUAUUACCAGCAGAGGGAGCUGCAGGGAACAGUCUGGUGCCUUCUUGUUAAGCUUUUUUAACUGGAGCAGUAACAAUGGGUGAGAGUAGGUAUACUGGUGAGGGUGUGUGGGCUUUGACCCAGAGUGGGGAGGAGAGAACUAAGCUAGCUCGUAGCCCCCAGCCUGAGAUUAAUCUGCCAGUGCAGAGGUCCAUUCUGUUGCCAGAUUGUUCCCAGCACAGCGUAGUCCUCAUGUGGAUGCUCAGGAUUGGGCUUUAUGGUAGACUUCUGAGUGUAACAUAGCCUCUUGGCACUCCAGCCUGAACACAACAGAAACAGGCUUAAUUUCCCCUGUGACCAUCACACCCCAGCCUCUGGAUAGCAUCUCUUGCUACCCAGGCCUUCAUAGAAUUUUUUAGUAGUUCCUUUUUUUUUCUUGCCUCAUUCACGACUAUGGUGAGGUUUGAGUAAGCAUCCACAGGGUUCUUCUCAGCCUAAGGGGCACGGUAGUCAAGACUGGGGUGUAGGCCCCAUAUAGGAAAAUGUCUGGUCUCUUGCUUCAGUCAACAUCCUGGGACCACUAGAGGCACAUGAGGGAUGACGUGGUCUCCUUUGGCUUUACUAUAGGAGGUGAUUAGAAGACUGAGAAAGAUAACCCUACUAAUAUUAUCUUUGUGUUUUUCUCAAAUUGUGGAAGGUUGAGAGGAACAUAUAGUAUCUAGGGGCUGAUUUGCUCUCAUUAGCAAGCAGCAUCACAGGAGGGAGGUGGGACAGUGCCGAGGCAUACCAGCUUGUGAUCUCAGGAACAGGGAAGCAACUGUUAAUCUGUCCUGGAAUGGGACUCUGCAGCUCUCCCCAGGAGCCCAACAUUCAGGCUAUAAUAAAGCCUAUAGUAAACCCUGUGGAUUACUGUGUAAAUGCCUGUAGAGGAUAAGAGCAUCUCUACUCUGAACCCCUUCCCCAUCCCCAGGGACUGUGUCCAGGCCUUUCUGGUUUCUGUAAAGGUGAAGUAUACAUGUGGAAUUGGAUCAGAAUAGGAAGAUAGUGUUAAAAAAAAAAAGGAGGCUGAGGCAAGAGAAUCACGUAAGCCCAAGAGUUAGAGGUUGCUGUGAGCCGUGUGACGCCACGGCACUCUACCCGAGGGCGGUACAGUGAGACUCUGUCUCUACAAAAAAAAAAAAAAAGGAGGACAGUGUAAAGACAGUGGUGAGAAACCCAGUGGGAUCAGAAUGUGGCUAUGGAAGCCAAGUAUGGAACCACAUUUCUGUAGGGCAGUUGGUUAGGGCAGAGUAGCCUGGGCAUUUUAGCUGGUAGUAUUGAGUGUGGCAGGACCCUAAAACCAAGGCCCUCUGGGUGGGUGCUGAAUCAUCAACACUGGUAUUAGGCUGUGAUUGCCCCUGGGAAGGAUUUUUCAGAGCUGGUUGACCCCAUGUAGGAGGGCAUUACCUUGUAGAAAAAGCUGCGGGGGGGUGGGGAGGGGAGGGCAGGCAGUGCCUGUGGCUCAAAGAAUAGAGCACCAGUCCCAUAUACCAGAGGUGGUGGGUUCAAACCUGGCCCUGACCAAAAACUGCAACAACAAAAUAAAAAGCUGCAGUGGGCCAGGCUCAUGGUUCAUGCCUAUAAUCUCAACCCUUUGGGAGGCCAAGGUUGGAGGACUGCAUGAGGCCAGGAGUUUGAGACUAGCCUAGGCAACAUACCAAGACCCUGUCUAGAAAAAUUUUAUAAAACCAACUAGGCAUGGUGGCAUGUACAUGUGUUCUUAGCUACUUGGGAGGCUGGGACAAGAAGGUAAUUUGAACCCAAGACUUGGAAGUUGCAAUGAGCUAUGAUUGCACCGGUAUACUCUAGAGUGCAAUCACACACGACAGAGUGAGACCCUACCUCACGUACAGAAAAAGAAAAAGCUGCAAGAAUCUGGAGGGACAGAUCUUAGUGAAUCACGGUAGAAAUGGUCAGUUGUUUUGGGGGCCAAAUGCCACAUACCAAAAUACUACCAAUAAAAGCACCAAGGUGCCCAGCGGCAAACUGCCUUAUUUCAGAGUGCUGGGUGUUCUGCAGGUAACAACCCUCUGUGGAGAGAGACUUACCUCGAAGAUAAGAAUGGUACCAUAUGGUGUUUACAUACUACUCUGUAGAACUCUUGGCCUGCACUUCUCAGCUCUGCAUACUUGUGAGAAUAAAUACAGUUGUGCUAGUUGAGAUUGCAUCUGUGUUGCAACAGGACUUUCUUUUACAAUAGGAUUUUUUUUUUUUUUUUUGAGAAAGAGCCUCAAACUGUUGCCCUGGGUACAGUGCCAUGGCAUCACAGCUCACAGCAACCCCCAACUCCUGGGCUCAAGUGAUUCUCCUCCCUCCACCUCCCAACUAGCUGGGACCACAGGCGCCCACCACAGCGCUCGAUUUUUUUUCUUGGUUGCAGCCGUCAUUUGUUGUUUGGUAGACCCAGGCUGUAUUUGAACCUGCCAGCUCAGGUGUAUGUGGCUGGCGCCUUAGCCAUUUGAGUCACAGGCACCAAGCCUUACAAUAGGAUUUUAAAGAAAGGCCUGGAUAUCCUGAAGUGAUAAAAUAGCAUAAAUUGCCCACUUGUGGCAAUUCUUGGACAUCCGCCCACCUUCAGCUCUUCCCAACAGGCAUCAUUUUGGGCCCAUUCCAUUGGCAACCAUGAGUAGGAUAGGCCCUUGCAGAUCACUUCUCUUUAGGAUGGGCUCCCCUUAGCAGACACUUUCUUUCCAGGUCAUCUUUAUUUACUUAGCUGAAGGAAAUUUGGAGCCCAAAAAAACCCAUAACAUUUUUGAGGUGGUUUCCCAAACUCUGUCAUAGAAGAGGUCUAGUGUAGACAGAAGUCAUACUAAGAGGCCCCCAAAGAUUCUUUUGUAUCAGUCUAGACCAGUGAUUUUUCAAUUGCAGUACUGCAAAA